AUGGCAAGUACAAAAUCUUUGACUGGUUGGGGCGAUACGGCUGAUGACCCUCUCAUCGCCUCGACCCAGGAACGCGGUUUCACUGGCUAUGAUGGCCCAGCUUCCGCCACUACGUCUAUCGACUCACUUUCCGCGGAGCAAAGCAUGUUGCAUCCAAAAUUCGGGCCUGCUGCGGUGGCUAUGCUACUCUUGGCUCUCUUUUCAACCACGCUCAGCGGCCUGUGGCUCGUCGUUGCCAUCAUCCAGCCGCGUUGGGGAUUCAUGAUCUCAACCACAAACGGACUAUCUCCUUCCAACGCCGCGACGUUGACUGCUUUGCUCGGCAAGACGAUUGAAGUAGCUUCAAUCACGGUUUUCAUCACAUGCAUCGGGCAAGCCCUGACUCAUCGCGCUGCCGCCGAAAAGUCGGCAGGCAUUACGCUCGCCGACAUCACAAUCAGAAAUUGGGUCAUCCAGCCGGGGUUUAUCUUUACACACUAUCAGACACUCCUAGUUGCUGGUCGCACUCUUUUUGGGACCUUGGUAUUGCUGGCCCUAGUCGCCACUAUCCUAUAUACGACUGCUUCAGAGGCCCUUUUGUCUCCAAAGCUGAAAUACGGAGAAUGGGAGACUCAAGAGUUGACAGCCGGAGUGCAUUCUUACUACGGAAACUAUGUGGACGCGGGCGUACGCUGUACGCAUGAGUCAGAUCUCAUCCAGAAGGCAACCGAUGAUGGAGAUAAAGCCUUUCGGGUUAAUGUAGCUGUGCUUUGUCUCGGCCACGAGUUUAAUUACCAUUCCAUUCAAUUCGUGACUUCCUCGCAUCCCUACGAGAGGAUGACCUAG